GGAGGGAGGCAUUCACACCUGACAACACCCGAAUCCUCUCACCCCUCCGACCCAAACCAGCCCCAGACACCACCAUGUCCGGCUCCUGCUGCGGCUCCACCUGCUCCUCCCUGGGCUGCGGGGGAGGCUGCUGCCAGCCCUGCUGCUGCCGCGACCCCUGCUGCUGCCGCCCCGUGAGCUGCCAGACCACCGUGUGCCGCCCCGUGACCUGCACCUGCCGCUGCACGCGCCCCAUCUGCGAGCCCUGCCGCCGCCCCGUCUGCUGUGACCCCUGCUCCCUGCAGGAGGGCUGCUGCCGCCCCAUCAGCUGCUGCCCCACGUCCUGCACGGCCGUGGUCUGCCGCCCCUGCUGCUGGGCCUCCACCUGCUGCCAGCCCAUCUCUGUGCAGGCGCCCUGCUGCCGCCCCCCCUGCUGCCAGCCUGCCCCCUGCCGCACCACCUGCAGGACCUCCUGCUGCUACUAAGUGCACGGUCUAGAACAAGCAAUCAACCUUCUGAGUCAUACUCCUUUCUCUACCUAAGAAACCUCCUGCCCUAAACCAUCAAGACCCCAAAUCAACCAGGGUUUGAAUGGAGAUCCAGGCUUACCUAUUAAGACUUGAGGUGUUCUCAAGUCUUUGUAACAGUAUCAACUCCCUUCUUCCCACCUUAGAUCUUAGGUCUUGUGGCAUGUUUGUUUUCUAAUAAACUUCUCUUCUUUGGCCUAGCAAACCCA